AUGGCGCAGAUUCGCGGCACCGCCGGCUACCACCUGGGCAACCAGAGCCCCUUCGGCAAUGGAGGACGCAGCGACAGCACUACCAACGACCCAAGCCCGCUCGACCAGCUGCGGGAACAGACGAACAAGAUCGAGGACUUUUUGGACACGCUUUCGGAGCCUGUGAAGCCAUACCUGCCCAUGAUUGGACGAUUUCUGAUUGUCGUUACUUUCCUCGAAGAUGCGCUGCGCAUAAUAACCCAGUGGACUGACCAGCUCACGUAUCUACACGACUACAGGCAUAUUCCCAAUGGCCUCACGCACAUCUUCCUGAUCGUAAACGUAAUCGCCAUGACUGUCUGCUCCAUCAUGAUCAUCGCACGAAAGAACUCGGAUUACGGCGUUAUUGGACUCAUUGGCGUGGUUGUUCUCCAGGGUCUCGGAUACGGUCUGGUCUUCGACCUGAACUUCUUUCUGCGCAACUUGUCCGUCAUGGGAGGACUGUUGAUGGUGCUUUCCGACUCGUGGGUCCGCAAGAAGUUCGCCCCGGCUGGUCUCCCGACGCUCGACGAGAAGGACCGCAAGAUGUACUUCCAGCUUGCUGGUCGUGUCUUGCUCAUCUUCCUCUUCGUCGGCUUCGUUUUCCGCGGCGACUGGAGCUUCUGGAGGGUCUGUGUUAGCUUGCUCGGAUUCGUGGCCUGCGUAAUGGUUGUUGUUGGUUUCAAGGCCAAGUUCAGCGCAAUCAUGCUUGUCGUCAUUCUCAGCAUCUUCAACCUUCUCGUCAACAACUUCUGGACUCUGCACCCACACCACCCCCACAAGGACUUUGCCAAAUACGACUUCUUCCAAAUCCUCUCCAUUGUUGGCGGUCUUCUCCUCCUGGUCAACAUGGGCCCUGGUCAAUUCUCGGUCGAUGAGAAGAAGAAGGUCUACUAG